CCUUGUUUAUUUAAUGUGUUUAUGUGUACUCCAUACAAUAGAUAAUCUAACUAAAUGAAACCAGUUGUGUACACAGAAUAAAAAGUGAAAUAUAUAAGUGAAGAGGAUAGUCAUCUGUGAAACAUUAAUGGCGAGAUCUUUUCCAGCUGAUACAAGAGCACAAAAGGCUUUAGAAGAACUUUAUGAAAAAGAGACUAUAUCACAAUUGAAUUGGUUUUUAAAAUGUCAAGAAGCGAAGAAAAAACUUGGUCUUGCUCCAUUGACAGCUUCAGAUAUCAUUGAUACACCUUUACCGAAUGUUUCUGAAUUAAUAUCAAAAUUGACAAAAAAAUCUCAGAUGGAAUUAAUUCAAGAGAAUUAUUCACCUGAUAUUACAUCAGUAGAUAAUGUAAAGGAAGAUCAAAUAAUACUGACACCUGGUCCUGAUAUGUAUCAACCAUCUACACAAGUAUUAAGUCUAUUGUAUGAAGGAAUUUCAAAGGAGGGUAAAGGACGACAUCAAUAUCUUCGUGAUCGAAAUAAACUAAAUUUGGAGGACAAAUUUCAAUUCCCUGUACUCACUUCAAUGGAAUAUGGAUGGGGUCAUACUGAUUUGAUUAGUAAAAUGCCUUCACAUGCUAAAAAAUUUGGACGUCAAUGUGUAAUUGAAGAGUCAUUCUAUCGACGUACCGGUAUACCAUUUAAACAUGGCGCAGAAAUGCUUGGAUUAGAUAAAAAUUGUUUUUAAGUCUAUCUGUAGUAAACUUCAUGAUCAGAACCUUUUUGAGCACUAUUAUUGUGUGACUUUUUUCUCCUAAAAUCUCUUUGGUUUUAUGUAAUGGACUAAAUUUGAAAACAAAUAACCCAUACAUAUCAAAACUGUAAAUUUUAUAUCAUUGUCAUUAUUACUAUAACCUCUGACAAAUUUGUAAGUAGUAUGUGUAAACUUACUCACUUUUACAUAUAUUAAUUCAUACUUUUUCAUUAACUGCUUGUCAAAUAUUAUCAAAUAUGCUAAUUCAUUUCUA